AAAUUCAGCACCUCAGAAGGCCGUGCAUUGUGCCGACGGAUAAUCUGCGCUCGAGUUCCCUUUGAUCCUCACGACUACCAACUCGAUGGGAUCACCCACGCCCUCGACAAGACCGACCUUCUCGCGAUCACCCCAACAGGGUCAGGGAAGACCGGGUUCCUCACCAUGUAUCUCCUCGUUAUGCAAGCUGUGAUGCGGCGACCAUCCCUCUGUCCCCAGCCUCCCCCUGAGCACUUCCGACGUCGGGCAGCAAUGGUUGUAGUGUGUCCGACAAUGGCAUUGCAAGGGGAUAUGGUACCCAAGUUCUCCGCUGUUGGUCUCCGGCCGUUAGUAAUCAACAAGAACACCCUCGAUGAAGGCUUGCGCAGCAAGAACAGCAACCUUUGGUCUGCCGCAUCAGACUACGAUGCUCUCAUCAUUGCGCCUGAGCAGCUCACAUCAAAGGGCUUCGAGAAUUUGCUCAAGGUUCCGUCCUACCAAAGCCGGGUAGUCGCUAUCGGGGUCGAUGAAGCACACCUGCUCAAUACGUGGGGGAAAACGUUCCGGCAAGACUUCCAGCACAUCGGACCAUUGCGCGCACGGUUCAACCACUCACCAGUGCUCAUCGCGCUGACUGCCACUCUGCGCGGAGCCUCUGUCACGGACCGUCGUGAGGCCUCUCCAUUCCGUUCUGUCUGCAACUCUCUCGGACUUCACGAGGGAUACUUCCAUGUUCUGCGACGAUCAAAUGCGCGUCAUGACCUCCAGUUCGACCUCCGGAUGAUGAAGUCCUCAGCUAGCUCCACCAGUUUCCCGGAACUCGACUGGGUGCUUGCCGCACCUCGCAAUAUUCUUAUAUUCUGCCGCACAAUCAAAUUCACACAUCAAAUCCAGUCGUACCUCACCUCGAAGCUCUCAUCAGGUCAGGCUAGCUCUGCAACUCAAAGCGAACGGGUCCGGUCCUACCACAGUCUCAACUGGGAGUCCUAUAACACUGCGACACUCGCUCGGCUCCGUUCAAGUCAGGGCCACUUGGUUGUACUUGCGACUGAUGCUCUAUCCAUCGGCAUAGAUGUUCGCGAGGUUGAUGACGUCAUCAUCUUCGAGGGGGCUUUACCUGACGAUCUAGAGAGCCUCUUGCAGAAGGCUGGACGAGUUCGGGAUGGCCGAGAGAAGGGGUCAAGGCUCAUCGUCUACCUCCCACAAAAC